AUGUGCCCUGAAUACUUAGCCAUUGUCUUCGGCAGUGUCUUCUUCAUUAUUGUAUCUCGACGAAUCUACGUUGCCUUCUGGGGUCCUUUGAAUGACAUCCCAGGCCCGUUCUGGGCCAAAUUUACGAGACUCUGGGAGGUCUAUGCGCUCAUACCUGGUGACUUCGAGAGAAAGCUCAUUGCGCUUCAUAGAUUUUAUGGUCCAAUUGUUCGUAUCGGACCAAACAAGUGCAGUAUUGACGACCCCGACGCAGUCAAGAUCAUUUACGGACUUGGGAAGCCGUUCGUGAAGACCAGCUAUUACUCAGCGUUUACCGACGUGGACAAAACCAGUCUCUUUUCCGAAAGAGAGCCUAGUAUCCAUGCUGGAAUGAGGCGGAGGAUUGCCAAGUUAUACUCGUUGACAAACCUCCUGAGCUAUGAGGCCUUUGUCGACCAAUGCACUGCUACUCUGGAGGAUAAGUUUCGAAAAUUCUGCAUUGAACAACGUCCUAUUGAGAUGGGUGCGUUUCUGCAAUACUACGCUUUCGACGUGAUUGGAUCAAUCACGGCUGGUCAUCCAUUUGGGCUGAUGGAGAAGGAAGGUGAUGAUGGUAUUAUCGGUCAGAUCCACCGUGCCACCCUCUACAGUAGCUUCAUCGGUAUCGUGCCGGACCUUCACUACUGGUACCAAAAAGUGCUCGACAAGCUGCGGCCGUACGGCGUCAAUUCAUCUCGCGCCGAGCUGCUCGAUUUCGUCAAUUUCCACAUCGGGCAGCGCCGCAGGGGCAUAACGCCAAAUGACAAAAAUGAUUUCCUUACUAAACUUUUGCUCUUGGAAAAAGAAGGGGCCAAUACUCAUGCUGAUACUCAGGUUUCGUGCAGGAGUAAUAUUGCUGCUGGCUCAGAUACAACCGCAAUCUCUUUGGGCGCGAUCCUCUACCAUCUUAUCCAAAACCAGGGUAAGAUGGAGAAACUGCGAGAUGAAAUAGACAAGAAAUGGGCGGCUGGCGAGCUCUCUGAUCCGAUAACUUUCAAGCAGUCUCAGGAACUACCCUAUCUCCAGGCAGUGAUCAAAGAAGGGCUACGCAUGCACCCGGCAAUAGCGGUUGUUCUGGCACGAUGUGUACCGCGAGGCGGUGCUGUAAUUUGUGGCAAAUAUCUACCUGAAAAUACCGAAGUUGGAAUCAAUGCAUGGGUUGCUCAUCGAAACGAAAAAGUCUUUCCAGAGUCUACAGCAUUCAGGCCCGAGCGUUGGCUUGGGCCAAAGACUGAAAUCUCAAGAAUGGAUUCAUACUUUGCCUCUUUCGGGUUUGGGUCGAGAACAUGUAUAGGAAGACACAUCAGCUUUCUCGAGAUCAGCAAGCUUGUCCCCCAGCUUAUAAGAAAACACGACUUUGAGCUGGAGCCCCCAAAUAUGGAAUGGGUGGUCAAAUCUCAUGUAUUUGCGAAGCAGAGAUUCCACUGCAAGAUCAAGCAGAGAUGA